AUGGAAGAAAUAAUUUAUCAACUUUCUAUGGACCGUUCAACAGUAAUGCGUAUAUUGGAUACUUUUUCUGAAAUUAUUUGCACAUUUCAAUGUCAAGAUCUUGUUGUAGAUGAUGAUAAUUAGUUGUUUCUUUUUUUAAAUAUUUAAUGCAAAUUAGGCAUGUAGCUAGGAGGGGAGGGAGGGUGGGGGAGACAACAAAUCUUUUUAUCAUUCAAAAACAAAUUGUAUACGCUACCCUUUUUCAAUAUAUAUCCCGAAUUUAAUGAAAAUUGUUAUCUGCGUCCCAACUUUCUACAAUUUGUGA